GGCCGCGGGAGGGGGGGCGCCCACAGAGGGAGAGGUAGGCCCCGGAGCCUGCUCUCUCUUCCCAGGGCCCAGGCGUCUUGGGCCCCCCAACUUCCUACCGGGCUGACCAGCCCUCCUAUCCCUGGUGUCGCCCCUCAGGGGGAGGGCCCCGCUGAGAUGGGGGCUCUGGUGCUGGACAAGGAGCCCAGAGGAGCCGUCGAGCGAGUUCACGGCUCUUUUGGGGACACCCCUCGUAGUGAGGAGACCCUGCCCAAGGCCAACCCCGACUCCCUGGAGCCUGCUGGCCCCUCAUCCCCAGCCUCUGUCACCGUGACUGUUGGCGACGAGGGCGCCGACACCCCUGUAGGAGCCACACCACUCAUUGGGGAUGAACCUGAGAAUCUGGAGGGCGAUGGGGACCUCCACGGGGGGCGCGUCCUGCUGGGCCAUGCCACAAAGUCAUUCCCCUCUUCCCCCAGCAAAGGGGGUGCCUGUCCCAGCCGCGCCAAGAUGUCAAUGACGGGGGCGGGGAAGUCACCCCCCUCGGUCCAGAGUUUGGCGAUGAGGCUGCUGAGUAUGCCUGGGGCCCAGGGGGCAGCGGCAGGGCCUGAACCCCCUCCGGCUACAAACAGCCCAGAGGGGCAGCCCAAGGUCCACCGAGCCAGGAAAACCAUGUCCAAGCCGGGCAAUGGACAGCCCCCAGUCCCCGAGAAGCGGCCCCCUGAAGUACAGCAUUUCCGCAUGAGUGACGACGUGCACCCCCUGGGGAAGGUGGCCUCAGAUGUGGCCAAAAGGAGGAAGCUGAACUCUGGAGGCGGCCUGUUGGAGGAGUUGGGGUCUGCCCGGGGCUCAGGAGAGAUGACCCUGGAGAAGGCGAAUGCGGGGCUCCAGGAGGAGUGGGAGACGGUGGUGGGGGAUGACUUCAGCCUCUACUAUGACUCCUACUCUGUGGACGAGCGUGUGGACUCAGACAGCAAGUCUGAGGUUGAAGCACUGGCUGAACAACUGAGUGAGGAAGAGGAGGAAGAGGAGGAGGAAGAAGAGGAGGAGGAGGAGGAGGAAGAGGAAGACGAGGAGUCUGGCAAUCAAUCUGACAAGAGUGGUUCCAGCGGCCGGAGAAAAGCCAAAAAGAAAUGGCGGAAGGACAGCCCCUGGGUGAAGCCGUCCCGGAAACGGCGGAAGCGGGAGCCUCCACGGGCCAAGGAGCCACGAGGAGUGAAUGGUGUGGGCUCCUCAGGCCCCAGUGAGUACAUGGAGGUCCCUCUGGGGUCCCUGGAGCUGCCCAGCGAGGGGACCCUCUCCCCCAACCACGCUGGGGUGUCCAACGAUACGUCUUCCCUGGAGACGGAGCGCGGGCUGGAGGAGCUGCCCCUGUGCAGCUGCCGCAUGGAGGCGCCCAAGAUCGACCGCAUCAGCGAAAGAGCGGGUCACAAGUGCAUGGCCACGGAGAGCGUGGACGGAGAGCUGUCGGGCUGCAACGCCGCCAUCCUCAAGCGGGAGACCAUGAGGCCCUCGAGCCGCGUGGCCCUGAUGGUGCUCUGCGAGGCGCACCGGGCCCGCAUGGUCAAGCACCACUGCUGCCCGGGCUGCGGCUACUUCUGUACAGUGGGCACCUUUCUGGAGUGCCACCCCGACUUCCGUGUGGCCCAUCGCUUCCACAAGGCCUGUGUGUCCCAGAUGAACGGCAUGGUCUUCUGUCCCCACUGUGGGGAGGAUGCAUCCGAGGCCCAGGAGGUGACCAUCCCCCGGGGGGACGGAGUGACCCCACCAGCUGGCACUGCAGCCCCCGCGCCCCCACCCCUGGCCCAGGAUGCCCCUGGGAGAGCGGAUACCUCCCAGCCCAGGUACCGGCCUCCCCCCGCCCCCCGUCUCUUCCCUGUCGCUCCCCGUCGCCCUAAGACAUUAGCCCCUUCUCCCACAGCGCCCGGAUGCGUCUCGGCCCUGGGCCUGCCACCUGGGCCAGGCCGGGAGGCCCUGGAAAAGGCCCUGGUCAUCCAGGAGUCCGAGCGGCGGAAGAAACUCCGCUUCCACCCCCGGCAGUUGUACCUGUCAGUGAAGCAGGGGGAGCUGCAGAAGGUGGUCCUGAUGCUGUUGGACAACCUGGACCCCAACUUCCAGAGCGACCAGCAGAGCAAGCGCACACCCCUGCACGCGGCCGCCCAGAAGGGCUCCGUGGAGAUCUGCCACGUGCUGCUGCAGGCUGGAGCCAACAUCAACGCCGUGGACAAGCAGCAGCGGACGCCGCUGAUGGAGGCCGUGGUGAACAACCACCUGGAGGUGGCCCGCUACAUGGUGCAGCGCGGCGGGUGUGUCUACAGCAAGGAGGAGGACGGCUCCACCUGCCUCCACCACGCAGCCAAAAUCGGGAACUUGGAGAUGGUCAGCCUGCUGCUCAGCACAGGACAGGUGGACGUCAACGCCCAGGACAGUGGGGGGUGGACGCCCAUCAUCUGGGCCGCAGAGCACAAGCACAUCGAGGUGAUCCGCAUGCUGCUGACGCGCGGCGCCGACGUCACCCUCACAGACAACGAGGAAAACAUCUGCCUGCACUGGGCCUCCUUCACCGGCAGCGCCGCCAUCGCAGAGGUCCUCCUGAACGCCCGCUGCGACCUCCACGCUGUCAACUACCACGGGGACACGCCCCUGCACAUCGCAGCCCGGGAGAGCUACCACGACUGUGUGCUGCUGUUCCUGUCGCGUGGAGCGAACCCUGAGCUGCGCAACAAGGAGGGGGACACUGCGUGGGACCUGACUCCCGAGCGCUCUGACGUGUGGUUUGCGCUCCAGCUCAACCGCAAGCUGCGGCUCGGCGUGGGCAACCGGGCCGUCCGCACGGAGAAGAUCAUCUGCCGGGACGUGGCUCGGGGCUAUGAGAACGUGCCCAUUCCCUGCGUCAACGGUGUGGACGGGGAGCCGUGCCCCGAGGAUUACAAGUACAUCUCAGAGAACUGCGAGACUUCCACCAUGAACAUUGACCGCAACAUCACCCACCUGCAGCACUGCACCUGUGUGGACGACUGCUCCAGCUCCAACUGCCUGUGCGGCCAGCUCAGCAUUCGCUGCUGGUAUGACAAGGACGGGCGGCUGCUCCAGGAAUUUAACAAGAUCGAGCCCCCGCUGAUCUUCGAGUGUAACCAGGCCUGCUCCUGCUGGAGAAACUGCAAGAACCGGGUGGUGCAGAGCGGCAUCAAGGUUCGACUGCAGCUCUACCGAACAGCCAAGAUGGGCUGGGGGGUCCGCGCCCUGCACACCAUCCCCCAAGGAACCUUCAUCUGCGAGUAUGUCGGGGAGCUGAUCUCCGACGCCGAGGCGGACGUCAGAGAGGAUGAUUCUUACCUCUUCGACUUGGACAACAAGGAUGGAGAGGUGUACUGCAUCGAUGCCCGUUACUACGGCAACAUCAGCCGGUUCAUCAACCACCUAUGUGACCCCAACAUCAUCCCUGUCCGGGUCUUCAUGCUGCACCAAGACCUGCGGUUUCCACGCAUCGCCUUCUUCAGUUCCCGGGACAUCCGCACCGGGGAGGAGCUGGGGUUUGACUAUGGCGACCGCUUCUGGGACAUCAAAAGCAAAUAUUUCACCUGCCAGUGUGGCUCGGAGAAGUGCAAACACUCGGCCGAGGCCAUUGCCCUAGAGCAGAGCCGCCUGGCCCGCCUGGACCCCCACCCCGAGCUGCUGCCUGAGCUGGGCUCCCUGCCCCCUGUCAACCCCUGAG